ACCUAGUGUUACUUCUCCCCUUCACGCUCCCCAACUAUAAAACAUCUCCCCGCCGCGCCGCCACCGAGAGAAGGAACCCUACCCCGCGCCGCCGCCACCUCCGUCUCCACCGCCGGCGCGAGCCCGAGCACCACCCGCCGCCGCCGCCAUGUCGCUGAUCGCGGGGGAGGACUUCCAGCACAUCCUGCGUCUGCUCAACACCAACGUGGACGGCAAGCAGAAGAUUAUGUUCGCGCUCACCGCCAUCAAGGGUGUGGGCCGCCGCUUCUCCAACAUCGUCUGCAAGAAGGCCGACAUCGACAUGAACAAGAGGGCUGGUGAACUGUCCCCAGAUGAGCUUGAGCGCCUCAUGACUGUGGUCGCAAACCCCCGCCAGUUCAAGGUCCCUGAUUGGUUUCUCAACAGGAAGAAGGACUACAAGGAUGGUAGGUUCUCCCAGGUUGUUUCCAAUGCCCUCGACAUGAAGCUCAGGGAUGACCUUGAGAGGCUGAAGAAGAUCAGAAACCACCGUGGUCUGCGUCACUACUGGGGCCUCCGUGUCCGCGGGCAGCACACCAAGACCACCGGCAGGCGUGGAAAGACUGUUGGUGUCUCGAAGAAGAGAUAAACCCCGUCUCAAGGCACAGCACCCGGCAUAUCUUCAGUUUUGUCUUAAUGAUCCAGUUUUUGCGUUAUCUUUCGCUGGAGGAUGUUUUGCUCUAGGAUAGAUCAUGAGCUGUUUUUGGUUUAUGAAACUUCGAUGCAUCGUUUAGUACCUGAUCUCGCAGCGGAUCCAAUUCAAUGUUUUAUGAACCGGGUAAAGUUUUGUGUUUGGAAAA